AAUAAUUAUCACACACUCCGACAACGUACAAUUCCCUACACCCGUCAGCAAAUCCCUCAACCCUAAUUUUCAAUUUAUCUUCAGCAAUUGCUUCCUCAUUGAAGAACUCAAUAAACUAACGAUAUUUCAAAGGCCAAGGCUGGAAACCUCGACAGAGACCAUGAAUCAACAAGGUACUGGUGCAGAGCAAGCACGGCGCCCUACACCACCCUCAGUUAGGAGGUACAUCGCCAGCAUCGACCGCGUAGUCGGAGGCCGCCCCGCCAAGGACGCCUCGAAAGAAGUGUGGGAUGACUACAUUAAUAAGUUCAUGACCGAGAUGAAUCGCGAGCAAAACGAAGAAGCUGAAAAGUCUUGGACACAGCUUGCCAAGGGCGAACAGUUCAUCGAGAAGAUGGGCAAGCAACCAUUCCGACUACUUGGCAACAGCAGUGACGAAGAUGAAGGUGUUCCGUCCACCACGCCGGCCAAGAAGAGAAGCCAUACAGAGCGAAGCCGAACAACACCUAAGAAUGAUUCGAGAAAAGGUGCCCAUCAUGUCGAGCCAGCUGCCGAUAGCGAUGAGUAUGUACCUAGCGCCGAUGAUGAAGCUGCGGCAUCCCUUACGGCGAUUGCACAGACUCAAUUGUCCGCACAAUCACCAGAAAACCCGUCACCAACCCAGGCUGGCACGAAGCCUAAGCGACGCCGUACUGGACUGGAGAGCCUUGAAUCCUCUCUUGGGAAGAACUGGGAGGCAAUGGUAGAUGAAGAAGGCCACAGACCAGCUCGACGUACUAGAAAGAAGUGAGGAACUCCAACAGAGAUAUUAAGGGGGUGGAUAGGCAGGAAGUUCACAACCUUAGCAUCCAUUUGAACGGGCCUUUGCCAUCACCUCGUCGUCCAGGAGGAUGGAGAGGGGUCUCUAAUAAGCA